AUGAGAUCCUCCGCCUCCACUGCUAUUUCCACAGCCACCAAUGCCGUGAACCCCCUUAUGACCUUCGACCACCAUAGGGAUGCGUAUGGAUUUGCGGUGAGACCUCAGCAUGUGCAAAGAUACAGAGAAUAUGCUAAUAUUUACAAGGAAGAAGAGGAGGAAAGAUCAGAUAGGUGGAGUGAUUUUUUGGAUAGUCAAGCAGAUUCCUCUCAGUUGCCUUGCGAAGGGAUACCUUCAAAUGAAGGCAAGAAAGUCUCACAUGCAGCAGCUGCAGAGGAUGGGAACAAUGAAAUGCAGAAGGGAGCUGAAGGAGAUAGUUUAUGUGCAAGGAAAUCUGGUUCUGAUAGUAUAUAUGAGAAUGAUACAGAAAAAGAUAAGGUACGGUCUGAACCAGAGAAAAGAGUUCAUCGAAUCCAGAUAUGGACUGAAAUCAGACCAUCCCUUCAGGCCAUUGAAGAUUUAAUGAGUAUUCGUGUGAAGAAGAAAGACAGCUCGUCUAAAGAUGAGCGAGAAACUGAUCGGGGGAAGCCAUUAACUCCUACUGAAGAUGCUAGAAUCCCGAAGGGAGCAUCAGAGGAGGAUUCUGAGGAUGAAUUUUAUGAUGCAGAGAGAUCCGACUCUGUUCAGGAUUCCCCUACAAGUGACAGCGGGAGUACCACUAUAAGUUCUGCUGCUGUGGAUGCAGCUUCUAUAGAAUCUUUGUUUCCCUGGAAAGAAGAGUUAGAAGUUCUUGUUCGUGGUGGAGUACCAAUGGCUCUUAGGGGAGAGCUUUGGCAAACCUUUGCUGGUGUGAGGACACGUCGACUGGAGAAUUAUUAUAAGGAUAUGCUUUCUAAUGGAAAUAACUCUGUCAACAACACUGAACAGAAGUGCUUCCUAUCAGAUUGUAAGGGUUCAACCAUGGAGUCAAUAUGUGGUCCCGAGAAAUGGAAGGGACAGAUUGAGAAGGAUUUGCCCAGAACAUUCCCAGGUCACCCUGCUCUGGAUGAUGAUGGUAGAAAUGCUUUGAGACGGUUGCUUACAGCAUAUGCUCGACAUAACCCCUCUGUUGGGUACUGUCAGGCCAUGAAUUUCUUUGCUGCAUUGUUACUCCUCUUGAUGCCUGAAGAAAAUGCCUUCUGGACUUUGGUGGGCAUUAUUGAUGACUAUUUUGAUGGCUAUUAUUCGGAGGAGAUGAUCGAGUCUCAGGUUGACCAACUUGUCUUUGAGGAGUUGAUGCGUGAAAGAUUUCCCAAACUGGUCAAUCACCUAGAUUAUCUGGGAGUGCAAGUGGCAUGGGUUACUGGACCAUGGUUCCUUUCCAUUUUCAUGAACAUGCUUCCCUGGGAAAGUGUUCUUCGAGUCUGGGAUGUGCUCCUCUUUGAAGGAAAUCGUGUCAUGCUUUUUAGGACAGCACUUGCUUUAAUGGAGUUAUAUGGCCCUGCACUAGUUACAACUAAGGAUGCGGGAGAUGCAGUUACUUUACUGCAAUCAUUGGCUGGCUCCACAUUUGACAGCAGUCAACUUGUAUUGACAGCUUGUAUGGGUUACCAAAAUGUCAAUGAAAAAAGAUUACAGGAGUUGAGAGAGAGGCAUCGGUCAGCUGUAAUAACUGCUGUUGAGGAAAGAUCAAAAGGGCUUCAAGCUUGGAAAGAUUGUCAUGGCUUGGCAUCUAAGCUAUAUAAUUUUAAUCAUGACCCUAAAUCAAUGCUUGUGGAAACAAAUAAGGCAGGACAACUGGUCGAUUUACCAACAAAUGUGGAUCUCUCUCGUUCAGAGUCUGGAUCCAUGAAUGAGGACAAAAUUCUUAUUAGUCUGACUGGAGAUGCUGACUUGCAUGCUAUACCAGAUUUACAAGAGCAGGUUGUAUGGUUAAAGGUUGAGUUAUGCAAGUUGCUGGAAGAGAAAAGAUCAGCUGUCCUCAGAUCUGAGGAGCUAGAGACGGCUUUGAUGGAGAUGGUUAAGCAGGAUAACCGGCGUCAAUUAAGUGCUAGGGUGGAGCAAUUAGAACAAGAAGUUGCUGAGCUUCGUAAUGCACUUUCUGAGAAGCAAGAACAAGAAAAUGCAAUGCUUCAGGUCCUAAUGCGAGUGGAGCAAGAACAAAGGGUAACUGAAGAUGCUCGCAGAUUCGCUGAACAAGAUGCUGCGGCCCAAAGAUAUACUGCUCAAGUGCUUCAGGAGAAGUAUGAAGAGGCCGUUGCUUCACUUGCUGAAAUGGAGAAAAGGGUUGUAAUGGCAGAAUCAAUGUUGGAGGCUACCUUACAGUACCAGUCUGGUCAAAGUAAAGUCCAAUCUUCUCCACGAUCACCACAUCCGGAUUCACCAGCUCGCAGCAACCAAGAGCUCCAACAAGAAAUCCCAGCCCGGAAGAUUAGUUUACUCUCCCGACCAUUUGGACUUGGCUGGCGUGACAGAAACAAGGGACAGCCGAGUAAUGCAGAUGCAUCGGACAACGGGAAACCUGCAAAUGUGGAUCAGAAUACCGAAAUCCAACAGAAAGACACAAUCGAUAAGGAAACAAACGGCAAGGAAGCAAACGACGAGGAAACAGAUAGAACCGAAGUUCCGGAUAAGGCUUGAGAGGAUUGCAGGUAUGUCUUGUUUUAAUACCUGCAUACAUCGCCAUAUCCAUCAUUUGAUGCCUGCAAUUCAUCCAUUAAGUAGAUAAAAUAUUGAAAUUUAGCAUCAGCAAUGCAGGAGAGUUCAUAACUUUGUCCGUUGUAUUUUUUUGAUCGGAAAACCAAAAUAAUACUCGGCCAUUAAUAUUAUUUUUCAUUUGCAACUAAUAAUGCUUGUCCGUAGAAAAUGU